GGCCCCGCCCCCUGGACCGCCCACGUGGCCAGCGCCACCUGCCUCAUUGUGCCUAGGACUUCUCCAAACUCGCGCUGCGGAGUGAGUGACCAAGUUCCGGCCAGGUCGACCUCGAGGAUCCAGAGGUGGAGACGGGUGCAGAACUGAGCCCAGGCCACACUACUGUGUUCACGCUCUGUGCUUGUGCCAAGGGGGCAAUGGCGGCUUCCUGUGUUCUCCUGCACACUGGGCAGAAGAUGCCUCUGAUUGGUCUGGGUACCUGGAAGAGUGAGCCUGGUCAGGUAAAAGCAGCUGUUAAGUAUGCCCUUAGUGUAGGCUACCGCCACAUUGAUUGUGCUGCUAUCUACGGCAAUGAGCCUGAGAUUGGGGAGGCCCUGAAGGAGGACGUGGGACCAGGCAAGGCGGUGCCUCGGGAGGAGCUGUUCGUGACAUCCAAACUGUGGAACACCAAGCACCACCCCGAGGAUGUGGAGCCUGCCCUCCGGAAGACUCUGGCUGACCUCCAGCUGGAGUAUCUGGACCUGUACCUGAUGCACUGGCCUUAUGCCUUUGAGCGGGGAGACAACCCCUUCCCGAAGAAUGCUGAUGGGACCAUAUGCUACGACUCCACCCACUAUAAGGAGACUUGGAAGGCUCUGGAGGCACUGGUGGCUAAGGGGCUGGUGCGGGCACUGGGCCUGUCCAACUUCAAUAGUCGGCAGAUCGAUGACAUACUUAGUGUGGCCUCCGUGCGUCCAGCUGUCUUGCAGGUGGAAUGCCACCCAUACUUGGCUCAGAACGAGCUAAUUGCCCACUGCCAAGCACGUGGCCUGGAGGUAACUGCUUAUAGCCCUUUGGGCUCCUCUGAUCGUGCAUGGCGUGAUCCUGAUGAGCCUGUCCUGCUGGAGGAACCAGUAGUCCUGGCAUUGGCUGAAAAGUAUGGCCGAUCUCCAGCUCAGAUCUUGCUCAGGUGGCAGGUCCAGCGGAAAGUGAUCUGCAUCCCCAAAAGUAUCACUCCUUCUCGAAUCCUUCAGAACAUCAAGGUGUUUGACUUCACCUUUAGCCCAGAAGAGAUGAAGCAGCUAAAUGCCCUGAACAAAAAUUGGCGAUAUAUUGUGCCUAUGCUUAUGGUGGAUGGGAAGAGAGUCCCAAGGGAUGCAGGGCAUCCUCUGUACCCCUUUAAUGACCCGUACUGAGACCACAGCUUCUUGGCCUCCCUUCCAGCUCUCCAGCUAAUGAAGUCCUGCCACAGUGGAAAGAGGGAGUUAAUAAAGCCAUUGGAGCAUCCA